AUGGCUUCAUGUCUGCGUCGAUAUCGCCACUGGAUCCUGUGUUGCUGUUCACCAUGCAUGCUGCUGCUCACAGUCUACCUCUAUGUCACAAUAGCUUUGUUCUUAACCAUGAAACACAGUGCACAUAUUGGUGGACCCAUCGUUUAUCCUGUGCUACCACAAAACUUUGUGGCUCCCCACCCUGGGAAUUUCUUUUGGAGGACCCAACUAGAAAGUGGAGCACUAUGGAACUUUAUCCAGCAUGUCACUGAUCGCCAGAAUAACCCAAUCCUGAGGCCUGGACUAGCUACUACCGCUAACCUCUCCACUAAUUCCAAUGAAACGGCAAUGUCCACAGGAAAAGGGAUUGGAUGUUCUCCGAAUUAUGAGAUAAUCAGUAAAAUUCCAGAUUAUUCAACUCUACCAACCCAGAUGAAAAAGUUUGUCACCACUAUGCACUGUCAAGACUAUCCGCUGAUCAUUGACCCUGAAGAUGUGUGUGACCAUGGACCACUGGCAAAGACUCAGGCUCCAUUGUUGCUCUUGGCCAUCAAAACUCAGACUGCAAACUUGGAGAACAGGGAAGCGAUAAGACAAACUUGGGGUCGUUCAGGAAAGGUGAGAGGCCAAGGUGGAAGGAAAAGACUUGUUCGCAGGGUCUUCCUUUUGGGGAAGACUGAAGACUUGCAUAAUGAAAAGGAAUUACAACUAGAGGGUAAUGAAUACGGCGAUAUCAUCCAGUGGGACUUUAUGGAUACUUUCUUCAACCUUACACUGAAAGAUGUGCUGUUCUGGGGUUGGUUCUCAAGGCAUUGCCCACAUGCCCACUUCAUCUUUAAGGGCGAUGAUGAUGUCUUUGUUAGGAUGCCCGCUAUGCUGGACUAUCUACUGCAAGAGGAGGAGAAGGCUAAUGAAAGGCUCUCAAAAGAGUCUACGCAGCCAAAUAAAAUGGAAGGGUUUGUUGUGGGGGAUGUAAUAAAUAAUGCAAAGCCGAUACGCAAUAAUGAAAAUAAGUACUACAUCCCGGGGAGCUUCUACAAAGGGUUUUACCCAUCGUAUCUUGGUGGAGGAGGGGUUGUUUACUCUGGUUCUCUGGCCCAUAGGCUUCUUGAGGUGUCACAAAGGGUUCACCUAUUCCCUAUUGAUGAUGUGUACCUGGGCAUGUGCUUAAAAAGACUAGGGGUCUCCCCUAUCUACCACCGUGCCUUUCUCACCUUUGACUUCACCAAAGAAGAGUCCAAGGAUCCCUGUGCACACCAUACCAUCCUCCUCGUCCACAAGCGCAGCCCAGCUGAAAUGUUCAGACUUUGGGCUGAAACAUCAGUGCCCAACUCUGAAUGCAGAAAUGUGAUGCUACGAGUCUAA